UCUUACGAUCAUCACAUAUAUAUCAAACACAUACAUAUAAUAUAACAUAUUAGUAAGUGUUAUUGAAGUGAGUUAUAUUUAAGUUUAUAUAUUCAUACCACUACUUAAGCCAUGGAGAAGAAAGCAGUAGCUGCCUUGUCCUUCCUCUUUCUCGUUCUCUUUGUUGCACAAGAAAUAGCGGUGAGUGAGGCAAAAACUUGUGAGAAUUUGUCUGGGACAUUCAAGGGACCAUGCAUCCCAGAUGGUAACUGCAACAAACAUUGCAGGAACAACGAGCACUUACUCAGUGGGAGGUGCAGGGAUGAUUUUCGCUGCUGGUGCACUCGAAACUGUUAACUCAGUUUUCUCCAACACGCAGGGACAUUAUAUGUAUAAAUAUAAAUAAAACUAUGAUAUGAAUAAAUAAAAUAACAUGCAGUAUUUGUACUGCACCUGUAUGUUGUACUGCGUGAUUGUGAAUUAUGUGUGUACUCAAUAUCGUGCAUAACGUCUUUGUUAUGCACUUUGUUAUAUGGAAUAAAACACUAGUAAUCAUAAGUUCCUUUA